UAAUUAUCUUAAUAAUUGUCUUUAAAUAUAUUCAUCAUAAAUUUUAGGAAAAUUCGUUGUUAUGUACUCAUAAAAAGCAAUUUAUACUCUUUUAAAGAAUAUUACAAAAUUUCACCGUAGAAAAAUCAGAAUAGUAGGCAAAUUGUAUUUUUUAUUUAAUAUUCUUAAUUGAAGUAUUAAAUUACUAAGAUUCAGAAUAUAUUUCGCAUAGAUUUGAUACUCAUAAUGUAACGAACUUAUGAUAGACUUGCUGAUAUAUAAACUUAUGAAAUGUUCGAAAUAAGUAAUUUACAGUUUUAUGUUAAAAUAUUUUUUUCAAUGUGUACAGAAAGCUUAUUUUAAAUAAAUUUAAGUAAAUACUUGUUUUAAGUGAAUAAUAUGGAUGUAUUUUAAAACUCAUCAAGUCAUCAGAAAAUAUCCUUUGUAAAGAUAACCAUUAAAAAAAGAAGACUAAAAUUAAGUAACCGCUUUUUUUAAUAAUAAAAUGAUAGAUCUGUGUGUAGAAACACGGUCUCUAAUCAGUUUACGUAAAAUUCAUGAAUUAUUAUCUACUAUUCUGUACAACGUAAAAUUAAAUAUGUACAUUUCCAUGCGGGCCACAAGAUCCUGAACAUUCUCUAAGAGUCCUAAGACAAUUACACAAACCAUAGUACCGUUGUUUAACAUUCGACCUUCAUGAACACGCAGCAAGUCGCGUGCAGACACGAAGGGUGAAAAUAAAAGAAACAGGAGAUUACGAUGGAAAUACACGCAAAUAUUACCUGCAAUAUCGUGUAUCGACGCGAAUUACCAUUGAACUUUCGAAAUCUUUUUCUCGCAAUUAGGAUAAUACAAAUUAAUAAUUGCGUAUCACAUUGAAUGGCUCUUUAAAUAAUACAUACAAAUAUCAUGAUGUAUAAUGUCCCAUGUACACAUAUCAUAAAUCAUUGUGCAUUUGUGUAAUGGCGCCAGGAUGAAGCACAUUUAAUUCGACGAUUUACAUAUGAUGAUUAGAUGAUUAAUAGCUCGUGAAAAUGGUAAUUAUGCUCAUGAAUCAACAAUCUAAUGCAAAUUAAUAGUACGAUAUAAAACAAGAAUGAUUAUAUAUGUUAUUAAUAUUACACAUAUUAUAAUCAAGUUUGCUGCAGCCCAGUUAAUUUCGCGAUUGAUAAUAUUGUCAUACAUAUAUGAGACAUUUUGACAAAAUCCGAACUAUUUCAUAUUUUUUUAUUAAUUAAUUACUCAAGCAAUGCAAUAAAAAUAUUGACGUAACAAUGAAUAUAAAUUUUUAUUUGUUUCUGACAUUUUGGAUUGCCAAUUAUCUGUAGUCUAAUCUUAAUAUUAUCUCAUUUUGCACAAAUAGAUGCACUCAAAUACUCAUUCUAUUCUGUGAACACACAUACGUACUGUUAACUAUCAGGGGUGCAAGAUCUUGACGCUACCCUGUGCUGUGAGAACCGGCAGCAACAUAACGCGCGCAGCUGAAAUAGGUCCCUGGUUGCCAUAAAAUGAGAAAGAAUCGACCCCCGGACACGAAGAGUUUUUCACCUAGGGUGCAGUAAGCUAUCCGUUGGUAAAGAGGUAAGGGCGCGCCUCUGGGAGUACUUUCCAAGUGUCUGUUUCUGGAAGAAGGGAACGGUAGCGCGAACCUGGAGGGUAGAAGCAAGGGUUGCCAGUGAAAACCCAAGAAACGCUUUUACGUCUCGGUAAUUGAACUCCGCUCUAUAUGUGUGCCGAAAGCAGGUUGGGUUGGUUAUACGCCAGCGACUCGAGAAUGGGCGAAUAGUAUUUUCCAAAAAUUGUGGAGCCUGAAUAGAAGCGUCUCAUUAGAAAGUAACAAUCGCGAGCUGAGAAAAAUCAAACCGGAAAAAAAUCCGAGCUGAUAUGUGAACAAGGUGAAAAUAGGUCAUCUGUUUAGCCUGCGGAUACAUAUAGCCAUACUAGUCCAUAAGUCCACAAGGACAUCCCGAAGGGGUAUUACGGUUAAGGUAUCUUGACACAGGGUCCCGCACGAUAGGCACGUCGACGCGACGGUAGUAUAGUAGUAAAGGUCGGCGCAUGGGUGCACCGAAAAGUGGUAGAAGGCUAAAGGCACGGAACGUACGUUCGGUCAUGAGACGUGCGCAGAAUACGUUGUACCUACCGCAAAACGUUAUGUCGCGCGAUUGUGUUGCUCUCAUCGCUACACGACAAAACCGUACAUUCACACGUUUAUGAACUUAGCUGCGAACGUAUACCAUUUACGUCUAUUGUGACAAAAAAAAAAUGCGCUUAGAUGUGUGUACGCGUGUAUCAAGAAUUGUCUUUUUCUAACUAAAAACUAUUUGGUAAAUUUCAAAUCAUAUAUCACUUUUUAUGGGGGGGGGGGGAAGAAUGAAUUGCCAUUAUCGCAACGUUUUAUCUUGUAUUAUUAAAGACCUCGCUCAUUAAGUUUUAUAAUCGAUCUUUUGUUACAUCGUCUAAUUGCAUUUUGGUUGCUUAAUUCUCAAUGCCCAAUGACUCGGUAAUUAACCACGCCGUGAGAUCCACGCCGAAGACACGACGUUACCUUUGGAGCCCGUCGGAGGGAGUUUAUAAUUAUAGAAGAGAAAACGCAUAUCUUCCGAUACACCCUGUAUAAUAUGUACCAUCUAACCCAGCAUAUACGUGUAUGUGGGCGCGCACCACAUGUAUGUACCUAUGUAUAUAAGCGUACCUGGGCUAUCUGCUCACCAUGGGCAACGCCACUUCGCGUGAUCCCGUGGGACCGUGCCACUCGCCCGCACGCCCCGCACCCUCAGUACACCGUACACCACCCUACACACCGCCGUCGGAUAAACCGCUUAUUUUAUUCAUAAACCCACAACGUGGAAUCAAUAUUGCACCGUCGCCCCAGCACGCUCGAGGAGAGAGAGACGUCGUCAACGACGGCAACACGUUCGCUGCCUCGACGGGGAUCAGGGAAUGCGGACGGCGGACGUUUAACUCAACCCUCUCUCGCCCUGCGUUACUCUCCUGCCUACGCCCGUCAUGAACCCUUCGUCCCUUCUCGAUUUGCCCAUCCGCGUUUGCGUCUCUGUCUCUGCAUCCCCCUUUCUCUCUCUAUCCGUCUCUCCGCGCGUCGGUCUCUGUCGGACCUAAUGCAGUGGAAUGUAGGGUGAAAUUAGUCCUUAGCCCCCGUCUGAUCCCGUGGAACGCAAUGUCCAUUCUAUGACGGGACAUAUUCAAGUCCGAGGGAAGGAGAGGAAAGCGGCAUUUCGCGCUGCUAAAGCGCAGGCAUUGUCCAGACGACGUAUAAAUGUCACUGGCCACUGCCAGACAAUCGUGACUUUCCAAGCGGGAUAGAAGGCGUUCAAUACUUUUUGCAACUAGCCGGAUUGAGGGCAUUAUACGUGGAAUUUGGACGAAGGACAUAAUAAAUUCAUUAACAUAGCAAAAUUUACGACGGCAGGAUUCGGUCGUCACGAGACAGUUCAUCGAUAACGUAGACUUCUUUCCUGUUACGUAUGCAUAAGAUAGCACGCUGAAGUUAGCGCUAUCAGCUGGAAAAUGUAUGGUAUAUUAAAAAUUCUUAUCUCGCAAACUGUUGGUAUGUACAUACGCAUAAAAGAGUCGGCCGCUGUUUUGCAUCCACGAGCCACUCGUGCAUCGGCGGCAUCGUCCGAUAUGGCGGUACAAAAAGCGCGAUAGAAACGGGGGAACGGCGCACGUGUUCAAAUAUCCCGACUGGUCAAAGUUAAUGUAACGCCGUUGCAGAAAGAGAGCUAAUGAGACUUGCGCCGACCGGUCUGGUAAAGCUCAAACGCCGUGCCGGACCGAAAACUGAAAUUGUCCUGUACUUGAACUGGCGCUUUCUGUGCUUUCAGGUAAUACAGGGUAACACGAACACGUAUUUGGAGUCCAAGCACGAGCUGGAGCCGCCUCUGUGGGCGAGCAAGAUCCGUUUUCUACCCUACAGCUAUCACAGGCGGACGGUUUGCAUGCGGGUCGAGCUCUACGGGUGUUACUGGAGCGACGGCGUGGUGUCCUAUUCGAUGCCCCAGGGCGAUAAAAGAGGCAACGGAUGGGAAUUCUUCGACGCGACCUACGACGGCCACUGGGACGGCGAGCUGCGCCGUGGCCUGGGUCAGCUGACGGACGGAAGAACGGGGCCUGAUAAUUUCAAAAUGCACAACGAUCGCGCCCAGGGCUGGGUGGGCUGGAGGAACGAUAGCCGCGGCCAACCGGUUGAGAUCAAGUUCGAGUUCGACAAAGUCAGGGAAUUCUCCGCCGUCCAUAUUUACUGCAAUAACGAAUUCACCCGAGGCGUUCAGGUGUUCUCACAAGUUGACAUACUGUUUAGUAUUGGCGGGAAAUACUACACGGGGGAACCCAUUACCUACACGUACAUGGAGGACAAGAUCUUCGAGACUUCCCGGAACAUCACGAUCAAGCUUCAUCAUCGAGUUGGGAAAUUCGUUAAGCUGAGACUCCAUUUCUCCGAUCGAUGGAUCAUGGUCAGCGAAGUAACCUUCGAUUCUGGUAAGACAAUUAAUUGCAUUGCGAGAUAUUAUGCUUAUUGAUAUUUUGUAAAAAUA